AGGUAUGAAUUCACAACAUGCAAAUGCUUUUCAGCAUUCUCCAUCAGUCUGAUACUGCGUAUGCAGAAGCAAAGGAAAAAUUGAAGUCAAGAUAUGGCAAUGAAAGUGUCAUAUGUAAAGCAUUUCUUGACAAAUUGGCAUCAUGGCCAAGAAUUAGAUUUCGUGAUGCUGCUGGAAUUCAGAGAUAUGGUGAUUUCCUUGACCAAGUCAAAGUUGCAAAACAUAAGAUCAAAGAUCUGGAGGUACUUGAUUUUUCUGUUGAAAGUGUAAAAGUAAUUGAACGUUUACCAACCUAUUUGCAAGAUGCUUGGCGUGGUACUGUUAAAAAUUGGAGAUCAAAAUAUGGAAAAAAUAGCUAUCCACCUUUUGAUGAAAUUGUUAAAUUUGUAAAUGAAGCGUCAGAAAAGGAGAAUAUUCCUGAGCUUGAACAUAUGAACAAAAUCGUGAAUAUGUGA